AAUGCAUUUGGUUACAGAAAGUUCCGUCACAGAGUGAACACCUUCCUGUAAAUAGCUCCCAGUUUUGUAAAUGAAAAUAUGGAUAUAUAUGUCUGAAUUGUGCAUACCAGAGUAUUCCGUGUACUUAUUGAAUUCUUAUUCGCUGAGUGACAAUAAUAUGACCUCUAAAUGGACGCUGAUGUGUAAUUGAUGGUCAUCACAUGGAGUUCAACUUCGAUGUUGAUCAGUUCCUGCCGGACAGGGUCACAAAAGUUCAGUUCAACAACAAGUACAGUCUCAACAGCUCAAAUCUGAGACAUUAUGGACUCGGGGGUGAUUCGCCUUCUCUAGCCACUAUCGUGGAUCGAAUGGGCCAUGCCUCCUCAAAGGCUCAGGGACUGAAUCACGUGAUCACGACUUUCGACAGGUUACUGUCUGCCAGUGACCAGUCUCUCUACGUCAUGCGCUCUGAGGAACUGCCCAAUGUGGUUGUUGGAAUCAUGAAAAUGGGACCCAAAAACUUGUUCGUCAUGGACUUGGAGGGUCGUCAGAUAGAGAGCAAGUGUCUCUGUGUAUUAGACUUCUAUGUACACGAGAGUAUGCAGAGAAGGGGAUUCGGAAGGGAACUGUUCGACUUCGUACUACGGGACCUGAAUGUGAACCCUGUACACCUGGCCAUUGACAGACCCUCCGAAAAAUUCCUCAACUUCCUCGCCAAAUACUACAACAUGCGAGUCAAAAUACCACAGGUGAAUAACUUCGUGGUUUUUGACGGCUUCUUCAAGUCUAGACCCAGAUCUGGAAUUGGUCUGGACAGACGCAGAACCCAUUUGGGACUGAAUUCCAGAUCUAGUAGAAACACUCCCCCAAAGUAUCCAAGCAAUGCACAUGCAAGGGUAGCUGCACAAUCGAAUCAACACAAUGCAUGUGCUGUGACAUGGAUGCCACAGUCAGAAGCGUCGCUAACACGAAACAAUUCUCAACUUCCUCCUGUGUCUGACCCUGAACCCCAGCUACCCUCAAAUGUAUUUCAACCAGUGAAACAAUUUAACAACUAUUCCAACGGCCACCCAUCUUCUGGAGCUGAACUCCUUUUGUCGCCUCCAAAUGCCAAAGAAAUGACAACAACAUUGAAGAAAAGUCCGAGUCCAAUUAGUAGAGUAGAUAAUGCACACCGACCACCUUCGGUGUCAGCCGACGCGUUGUCCCGAUUACAUUCUGCAAAUAUUGCCAAUCAAGCAAAUUCUGGGGAUCAAAUCUCAAAGUUCCAUGUAACUAAUUGUGGUCGCACACCUGUGGUUUCAACAUUGGACCAUGAUCGAGUGGCAAUGGACGCCAAUCAGCAAAUGUGUAAUGGUAUGACUCAGAAACAGGGCAAAAAGCAGUUUGGUCACGUGCGAAAUGUGGCUCCGAGUUCAUUUAAUAUAUUUGGGACGAUGCCCUUGAGCAGUGCAAUAGCCGGUGGUCAUUCUGAUGUGUAUACUAAUGGAGGUUCUGCAAAUAAAAAGUCGCAUUUGCAGUCGAACAAUGGAACAGCUAUGAGAACGCGUCUAUGGUAAUAAUUUGUCCAGGAAGAAACAACUGUAAAAGAUGAAACUCAAUUGUAAAAAAAACUAUUUGUAAAAAAGAAAGGACUGGUCAACUAAGACGAUUUUAUUGUAUCUUAGCUAUUCAAAAUCUCAUGAAAUCGUUGUUGGUUUUCCUGAAGUGAUUAUAAAAAUUCUUGAGUGGUGGUAGACCUGCGCUUGUUUGAAUUGCCCUCAUUGCGUUGCCAUAUCGGGUCAGUGUGUAUCAUCCAAUUCGUACUAAAUAUUGUAAAUUUGUAGAAAGCUCGUGUAAUAUUUGGUUCGCUUUCGAAUUUUUCAUGGAGUUUGGUUGUGAAAUUGUGCGACAUUGAUGUUAGAUUUUGUGCACUUAUAUCGAGAUUCAAUGCGCAUCGUUUUAGCCUUAAUUAAAAUGUUUUUGAAUCGAUAACUUUUUGGAUAUAUUGAG